AUGUCAAUCUACGCCAAAGAGCAGUGGGACGACUUGAUUGACCAAACCAAAUCUCUCACCCCGAAAGAAUUAGGUGAUCAAGUCUGGUACAUACUGAUAGCCGCCGCACUGGCUACGUCUCCAUCACCACAACUCCUGGCGGAAUUCUAUACGUAUCUGACUCAGCACAAUGUUGCAUUCACGCAUGAAGACGCCAAGCAGAAACUAUCUCUACAAUUCAGAGACCUUCUGCUCAAGCAAGUAACGUUGAAUGGAGCGCCACAGGUUCUCAUGGCUAUGACACCGCUUGCAGCAGCAGAAGGUACGCCACAGGGAAAAGCCAAGGAUAGUCAGUUGAGUGAAAAAUGGAACACGAUAGACCGCGACGCUAUACACGCCAGGGGACUCGACACGAUACACUCUAUCUAUGGUCACGAACUCUUGCACAACCGAAUCUUUCCUCAAUGGGGUUACCACACAGCUGAUGUCCAGUUUAUGGAGCUCUUCACCGUCUAUGGCCUGUACCUAUCGGACUUCGAACAGUUUACACCCCUCGAAACAGAACUCAUUGUGUUUGUCACGAUCUCCUGCCUGGGACUUGGUACAGGUCCUGCAUUAUGGCAUCUCAGAGGUCUUGGGCGACUUCUUGGUGCUAGAGGUAUGGACGACAAAAGCGAAAGCGUUCGGAAGGUGAAAGAUUUGUUGAGAAACAUCAAGGUCGCGAUGAUGGGCGUCGUUGAGUUCGUAGGUGAGGCCUUUCUUGUGAAGGCGAAGCUAGAUACCUGGCCAAAUGUGGGUGACGUUGUCAGAGUGCUUGACGGAUGGGGUGAAGACGCUUGA